GCGGCAGGACUGACUGCGCUAAGGUGGCGGUAGGAACGCGGCCUCCUGGGAGCUCGCCAUGGCGGUAGCUGCGGCGGCUAUGGGGCCCUCGGCGCUUGGUCAGAGCGGUCCUGGCUCAAUGGCUCCAUGGUGUUCAGUGACCAGCGGCCCAACCCGCUACGUGUUGGGAAUGCAGGAGCUGUUCCGCGGCCACAGCAAAACUCGCGAGUUCCCUGCACAUAGCGCCAAGGUGCACUCGGUGGCCUGGAGCUGCGACGGGCGUCGCUUGGCCUCGGGGUCUUUCGACAAGACGGCCAGCGUAUUCCUGCUGGAGAAGGACCGGUUGGUCAAAGAAAACAAUUAUCGGGGACAUGGGGAUAGUGUGGACCAGCUUUGUUGGCAUCCGAGUAAUCCUGACCUCUUUGUCACAGCAUCUGGAGACAAAACCAUUCGCAUCUGGGAUGUGAGGACUACAAAAUGCAUUGCUACUGUGAACACUAAAGGGGAGAACAUUAAUAUCUGCUGGAGUCCUGAUGGGCAGACCAUUGCUGUAGGCAACAAGGAUGAUGUGGUGACCUUUAUUGAUGCCAAGACACACCGUUCCAAAGCGGAGGAGCAGUUCAAGUUUGAAGUCAAUGAAAUCUCCUGGAAUAAUGACAACAACAUGUUCUUCCUGACAAAUGGCAAUGGUUGUAUCAACAUCCUCAGCUACCCAGAGCUGAAGCCUGUGCAGUCUAUCAAUGCCCAUCCUUCCAACUGCAUCUGUAUCAAGUUUGACCCCAUGGGGAAGUACUUUGCCACGGGAAGUGCAGAUGCUUUGGUCAGCCUCUGGGAUGUGGAUGAGUUGGUUUGUGUUCGGUGCUUUUCUAGGCUGGAUUGGCCUGUGAGGACCCUUAGUUUUAGUCACGAUGGAAAAAUGCUGGCGUCAGCCUCGGAAGAUCAUUUUAUUGACAUUGCUGAAGUAGAGACAGGAGACAAGCUAUGGGAGGUGCAGUGUGAGUCCCCGACUUUCACCGUGGCUUGGCACCCCAAAAGGCCUCUGCUGGCGUUUGCCUGUGAUGACAAAGAUGGCAAAUAUGACAGCAGUCGGGAAGCAGGAACUGUGAAGCUAUUUGGGCUUCCUAAUGACUCCUGAUAGGAGGCCUUCAGGGAGAGGAGACGCUGGCAGAGGCCUUCCUUUGUGUAUUAGUUUGGUCUCUUCUCUUGGAGUUGAUGGGCUCAUGAAGUGUUUGUAAAUUGGUAUAAAUUAUACAAGUCUUGUCAGUCUGCCUAUUCCAGUUCCGUUCUUGUUAUGUGAACUCUUCCCGUUCUUUCCCCUCCACAGGAGGUUUCUGCACGAUAACACCAGCAUAUCUUCCUGUCUGGGUACUUCCUGUCUUCCCUGCCUUGGCAUGUGUGGUAGACUUUGUUGGGUUUGCUUCUGCUUGGACAGUACCUACCUUGGGGGGUGGGGUAAGUGAAGAAGCUGUGAUGGGGUUGGAGAUUUUUUACAGUAAAAAGAAAUGUAUAUAAUUUUGAGAUUUGAGCAUUUAAUAAAACUGACUUUAAUUAUGGGA